AUGCUUUUCGCAGCCCACAUGCUGCUGUUGCUCGGCCUGCCGGCCGGGCUGGUCUCUGCUGUUCCCAUGAAGGGGGGCUUGGAAGCCCGCGGGGAGUUGAAGGCUCGCGACUCGACCUACUGGGUGGCUGAUAUCACACGUCAAGGCACUGUGCCUUUUGGUAACAGCUCGAGCUACCAGAUUUUCCGCAAUGUCAAGGACUUUGGUGCCACUGGUGAUGGUUCUACUGAUGACACCGAUGCUAUCAACAAGGCGAUCUCCUCCGGCAACCGGUGCGGCCAGGGCUGCGAUUCCUCGACUACAACUCCGGCUCUUGUGUACUUCCCUCCCGGCACAUAUGUUGUAUCAACGCCCAUUGUGCAGUACUACUACACGCAGCUCGUUGGCGACGCCAACCAGCUCCCUGUACUCAAGGCGUCAGCCAGCUUCACUGGCAUGGCUGUGAUUGAUGCGGACCCCUACACCAACACUGGCGCCAAUUGGUAUACAAACCAGAACAACUUCUUCCGUGCCAUCCGCAACUUUGUCAUUGACCUCACCGCCAUGCCUGAAUCCUCCGGUGCCGGUAUUCAUUGGCAAGUUGGCCAAGCCACCAGUCUGCAGAACAUCCGGUUCGAGAUGAUUAAGGGAGGAGGUAACGCCAACAAGCAGCAGGGUAUUUUCAUGGACAAUGGAUCUGGCGGCUUCAUGUCAGAUUUGACUUUUAACGGUGGUAACUAUGGUGCCUUCCUGGGUAAUCAGCAGUUCACGACCCGCAACCUGACUUUCAAUGAUUGUAACACUGCCAUUUACAUGAACUGGAACUGGGCCUGGACCUUCAAGUCUGUCACCAUUAACAACUGCGGUGUCGGUCUAAACAUGUCCGCUUCUCCCUCGAACCAGACUGUUGGCUCCGUCUUAAUGCUGGAUAGCAAGUUUACCGGCACACCCAUUGGUAUUGUGACUGCUUUCAGCUCUGACAGUAUUCCUACCGGUGGUGGCGCUCUCGUUCUUGAUAACGUUGACUUCACUGGUUCCAGCGUCGCUGUGGCCAGUGUUUCCGGCAGCACGAUUCUGGCGGGUGGCUCUGUCAUCGACAACUAUGUCCAGGGUAACGCCUACACUCCCUCCAGCACGCUCAAGAAGCGCUCGCCUGCUGUUGAAAUCAUUGUCGAAACCAUCACCACGACCAUCGAGGUUUGUCCUGCGGAUUACCCGACCGGAUCUGCAGCCUCCGCCUUCCACACGGCUGCUACUGAAGCUACACUGAAUGGUGCCGAGGCCACUGCUUCUGGCUCUGAUGCCCAGGCUUCUUCACCCGCAGGCGGAUCAUCCCAAUCAUCCGCUCAACAAUCUUCUCCUGCCGGUGACUCUUCUGCAUAUGGCUCUCAGUCGAGCUCUGUCGCGCAGCAAUCUUCUCCGGUUGGUGGAUCUUCGGGCUCGAGUGCCCAGCAGUCCUCUGCUGCCGGCUAUUCUGCCAGUACGACCCAUGUUCAAGGCUCAUCUGCCGCUGUUGCUACGUCCGCGGCCGCCUCCUCUGCCCACGCUUCUGGUUCUUCCGGAUCUGGUACCUGCACCUACAAGACGGUCACCAAGACUCGCCUCGAGACCACCGUGGCAUCCCCAGCCAAGCCCAGCGCCCUUUUGAACAGUGACGGUUCCCUGUUCGAGAAGUCCAAGCCUUUGUAUGAGGACUACGCUGCUUCCUCUUUCAUCAGUGUCAAAUCCGCUGGUGCCAAGGGUGACGGCUCUACCGACGAUACCGCUGCCAUCCAAAAGGUCCUUGACUCGUGCACAGACGAUCAGAUUGUCUAUUUUGACCACGGUGCCUACAUCAUCACUGAUACCAUCAAGGUCCCCAAGAAUAUCAAGAUCACCGGUGAAAUCUGGCCAAUGCUGAUGGCGUAUGGUGACAAGUUUUCCGACGCGGAGAACCCCAUCCCCAUGCUCCAGGUUGGUGAGGUUGGCGAGAGCGGCUCCGUUGAAAUCAGCGACUUGAUUGUCGAGACCAAGGGUCCUGCUCCUGGCGCCAUUUUGAUUCAGUGGAACCUCAAUGCCGACUCACAAGGCUCGGCGGGUAUGUGGGAUGUUCACGCUCGUAUCGGUGGAUCGGCAGGCACUGAACUUCAGAGCGAUACCUGCACCAAGACCCCUGACCAGACCACCACCCCCAACUCCGACUGUGUUGGCGCUUUCCUCCUUUUCCACGCCACCGAGCAGUCCAGCGUUUACCUUGAGAACACCUGGUUCUGGACUGCCGACCACGAGCUCGACUUGUCAGACCACAACCAGAUCAAUAUCUACAAUGGCCGUGGAGUUCUCCUUGAGACUCAAGAGUCCGCAUGGUUGUAUGGUACCGCUUCUGAGCACAACCAGCUCUACAACUACCAAGUCUCCAAUGCCAAGAAUGUCUUUAUGGGUCUCAUCCAGACUGAGACGCCCUAUUACCAGGCGAAUCCCAAUGCCCUUACUCCCUUCACUCCCAACACCACCUGGAACGACCCUGAUUUCUCCUACUGCACCACCGACUCAUGCCGCAAGGCCUGGGGUCUUCGUGUUCUCAGCAGCUCGGAAACGUAUGUUUACGGUGCGGGUCUUUAUAGCUUCUUCGACAACUACUCCCAGACCUGUCUCGACACGGAGUCCUGCCAGGAGAACAUCGUGGAAGUGGACUGCUCCGAUGUGCACAUUUAUGGUCUCAGCACCAAGGCCAGCACCAACAUGGUGACUUCGGCAAGUGGAGAAUCGCUGGUGCCUCAAGAGGGCAACGAGAGCAACUUCUGCUCGACGAUCGCGUUAUUUGAGUUCUCGUCCUCCUAG